CUUUGUGCCUCGUCUUCGGUCUUCGAUCAACCCCAUACCACCGUUCACCAUGGCAGACAACGCCCCUCCCUCCGCUGAGAAGCUCAGCGGCGCUCAACCGACCGAUGUCGUCCCCGAGUUUGACUUGCUCCCCCGCCUGAUCCCAUACCUCGACCGCCACCUGGUUUUCCCUCUACUCGAAUUCAGCGCCGGCACCGAUGAGGAGGACAAAGAAAUCACUCGCGCCAAGUAUGAGUUGCUCAAGCACACCAACAUGACCGACUACGUCGCCAACUUGUGGAAGGAGAUCAACAAUUCCGACAGCAUCCCCGAUGAGUUUGUCAAGAAGCGCGAGGAGGUUCUGGCCAAGCUGGAGCACUACCAGGUUCAGAGUGAGAAGAUCACCGAGUUGUUGCAGGAUGAGGAAGUUGUGGGCAACCUGCGAAGCGACAAAGCUGCCAACUUGCGGUUCCUCGAGGAGCAGCACGGUGUCACCAACGAGAUGGUUAACAGCCUGUACGACUACGGCCGGUUCCAGUACAGCUGCGGCAGUUACGGCAAUGCCGCCGAGCUGCUCUACCAGUUCCGUGUCUUGUCCACCGACAACGACAAGGUCGCUUCCGCUACCUGGGGUAAGCUGGCGUCCGAGAUCCUGACCACCAACUGGGAGGGCGCUAUGGAGGAGGUGCAGAAGGCCAAGGACUCGAUCGAGACCCGCCUGUUCAACAACCCGCUGGCCCAGCUCACCAACCGCUCUUGGCUCAUCCACUGGUCCCUGUUCCCCUUCUUCAACCACGACGCCGCCCGUGACGUCCUGACCGACCUCUUCUUCUCCCCCGCCUACAUCAACACUAUCCAGACCAGCUGCCCCUGGAUCCUGCGUUACCUCGCUGCUGCCGUCAUCACCAACCGCAGCCGCCCUCACAAGCACCACGGUGUCUACCAGAAGCAAUUGAAGGACCUGAUCCGUGUGGUGCGCCAGGAGAACUACGAGUACACCGACCCCAUCACCGACUUCAUCAAGGCCCUCUAUGUCGACUUUGACUUCGAGGAGGCCCAGCGCAAGCUGAGCGAGGCCGAGGAGGUUCUCCGCAGUGAUUUCUUCCUUGUUUCUGCCGCGGACGCUUUCGUCGAGGCUGCCCGUCACCUCAUCUCCGAGAGCUACUGCAAGAUCCACCAGCGCAUUGAUAUUAAGGAUCUGUCCACUCGUCUUGGUCUGAGCCAGGAUGAGGGUGAGAAGUGGAUUGUCAACCUCAUCCGCGACACCCGGGUUGACGCCAAGAUCGACUACAAGGAAGGCACUGUUAUCAUGAACCACCCUCCCCAGUCGGUUUACCAGCAAGUCAUUGAGAAGACCAAGGGUGCCUUCUUCCGGACACAAGUCCUGAGCUCCGCUGUCGCGAAAUGAAAUACCUCUUGCAUGAGCUGAUGCCAAAAACCGAACUUCCCCUUCCAUGUUAUUAUCGACCCAUGUUUUUUCUCUGCCUACCCAUUUUAAUGAUCUCCCCGUGUAUGUCACAACACGGUUCUAUGUGAGAGAUGGGGACCUUGCGCAGGAGUGGCAUCCGGCUGGCGUUCUUAGGUGGUUCACCUUUUUUCUUAUUGAUGUUUAUCUCCUUUUUCUUUUAACCUCUUAGUCCACAGUUUCCCUAUCCCCCCCCCCCCUUCUCUCUCUGUGUGUGCCGUCAGAUAUAUUCUUUUGUUCCCUCUCUUCUUUUUUGAUUUCUUCUUGGUUCUUUUUUGUCGUGUGUGCCAAGGAGGUCUUUCUGACCCUGGUGGUUUUGCAGAGAAAGAGGAAAAUCGAGGUCGGAAAUGGAAGCCCUUCUACAUCAUAGGCUUACAUUUUGCAUAUGCAUGGUGGGGAGAAAGAAGAGCAUGGCGCUUCCCUCGUGUCGUCUCUUUUGAUUUGCGGAAGAAAAAAAGAUGGGAAUCAUGUAGAGGACCCCGGGGAUUAGGUUGGGGUCUGAUGGAUCUAUGCUGUUACGAAUGGUCUAUAGAGAUGAGUGAAAUAAAAUGAUGUCUGACAAUGUCUGGUCCAGUUGUUGUG